AAUUCUUAAUAAUUGGAUGGUCUAGUUGUUGUAUUUCAUUUUCUGGGAUCUUUCUUGUACUUGACAAGAACAGAGAGGUAACAGCUUCUGAAUCGUUAUUUUUAUCAUUCAUUUUCACUAAAAAAAAAAAUUGAUUUUGGUUGGGGCGGCUAGCUAAUGAUAUAGUGGGAUUUUGCAUUAUUAUUGUUAUUAUGAAAGAAUGGAUGGAUCAUAUUAUUAUUGUGUAUAUAUAUACAAGGAAAGCGUGUGAUUGUAUUAUUAAUUGCAGAUAAUGAGAAAAAGGAAUAAUAAGAUAUACACAGCUUCAUAUAUUAUAUAUAUAUAUGUAUGCGCAAUGCAGUAGUUUUCGAGGGAGCUUCAGCGCCCAUCUGCCGCUUUGCUUGCUUGCUUGUGAACAUCUAUCUAUCCAGAGCCUCGCAUCAUCAGUGGAGGAAAGAUGAUCGAAGGCAACCGGGUCAUGGUCAUAAGCUGAGAAUUGUACGUGUCUUUCCCUCAUGCCUCUUGAUGAAAAAUAUGAAAUUUCUUUGCUACUCCUAGGAUAUGGGUACCUCUGAAUCUGGGCCGUUGGAUCACUUGCUCAAGCCAAGCAACCGUCGGAUCAAGUUUGCUCGGUCGGGGAGGUAGUUUGGACAGUUAGACGACACGACUGCAUCUAUUGAAUUUUUUGAGGUAUGUAUUUACUAUCAAUUUAACUUUGGGUUAAUUAUUUUUACUUAUCAAAAACAAAAUAAUUAAUAUCUAAAACUAAAGAAAAGAUGCAUCUUGGAUCAAAAUUUUUAAGUCAAAUCAAGUUUAAUAAGUUUAUAUAGCUGUGACAAAUUCUUAACUUCAACUUCAAGUGUACAACGAAUUAGUAAAUCCAUAUUUAUGGCACUGCCACUGCCUUGUUUGUUUGUUAGAGUAAACUAUAAACGUAUAAUGUAAUAAUAUUAAUUCGUUCACUACAAUAUAUAUGGCCUAACAAUUGACUUUUCAAUUGUCAUAUGGCAGUAUUUUUCUUUUUGUUCUUAUUAUUAUUGAUUGAUGACAACUCACAAUGUCAUUACCCUUUGAAUAGUGAUAUAUUUGUUAGCUUGUGAAUGGCAGUAUCUUUUCAAUUAAUUACUAUUUGGCCUUUCAAAUAUCUCAUAAUUAUGAUUCUUUCAUAAUAUCUAUCUAUAUAGAAAAGAAAUCAAAAUUCUCUUUCCAUGUUAAGAUAUAAAGUCGAUUCCUCCUUUUAAUUCUUUAACAACCAAUAUGGCAAUAUUAUUUGAAUCCAAUUAUAUGAUGGAAUUAAUUCUACAUACCUUAUGUUGCAAGAUGGUGAAAUGCCUUUUAUUUUUAUGAAAAUUCAUGUCUUUGUAUUAUAAUUAAGCAUAGUAAUAUUCUAAUUAAUAUCAUAAUAUCGAAAUAGGCACGACAUGCUUUGCUUUUGUGCUUUUGUAUUUUGGACAUAUGUUAUCGCUUAUAUUUUUGUGAAAAAUUUAUGUCUUUAUCAAUACUAUUUUCGUAACACACUAUUACUGAAAUAACACAACACAACAAUACCAAACAAAUUCCAAAUCCAUUUCAACCCAUUUUGUAGGCUGAUUAGCAGUGACUAAUACCAUCUAAGACAAUAUUACUUUGCUUGGCAUUUUUAGAAGAAUGGGAUUAAAUAAGCCUAAGUACUAAUUUAUCCCACCAAAGUGGGAUAGCAUAAUAGCUUGAAUACCAAAAGGGGCUUGUAACAAUAAUAAAUCUAUUAUUUAGUUAACAUUUUAUUAUUGUGAUGUAGAUUUAGAAAGGCAUUAGGUAUUAAAUAAUUAUUUUGAAAAAUGACAAUUAUAAAAAUAAAUAACUUAUUAAUGAUUGUAAAUUACAUUAACAAUUCGAAUUUUAGGGUACUCCAAUUUUUCACUUAUAUAAAAAUUUCAAUUAUUUAACAUUACAUUUUUAAUAUUAUAAAAUUAUAUUUUAUAUUUCCAUGCUUUCUCUCUUGUCAGUCCACAAACACAAUGUAGUAUUAAUAAGGGUGGCUAAUUAAGUUGAAAGUGCUCUUAAAUAAUAUUGAAAGAUUAUAAAUCGAUAUUUUUUUUAUCAUUCACAUAAUUUGUAGACGUAGAUGUAUCCAACCAAUCGAACACACAAAUUGAAAGUAAUCUUAAUUGGACAUUGAUCACACAAAGUGAAAGCUCCCAUGAAAUAUGGUUUUAAUUGACAUCUCUGAGGGGGCUGCUUAAUUGUUGAUCUCAAUCUAAUCAAACGCCAAUAAAAGAGAAAUUAUAAAGUUCAAAUACCCUUAAAUAUUAAGCGUUAAUACACAACGUAGAAUAUUUCAUAAAAAAUCAUGGAUGGCUACAUGUAUCAACGUGAUGACAGGCCCGAUGAUCGAAUCAGACUUCAUCCAAUCAUGAAGUCCGAUCGGGACUUCAUUUGCAGAUGAACCCCGAUUGGAUUUGCUUCAUGAAGUUUGAUCGGGCUUCAUCCAGAGGCAAUAACAACAAGGCGACGAGAUGGUUAGCAGCAAUUGACGCGAGGGACAACGGCGAGGCGAUGGCAAGAUGCAGUGACGAUCGCAUGAGGUGUUACAACGAGGUGACGGCAAGAUGCAGCGACAGUAGCACGAGACGUUGUAGUGGGGCGACGAGAGGAUGCAUCGACGGUCGGCAAGGCAAUGAUAAGGCGAGGGGAGACAAAGCUUGCUAGAGACGGCCAUGGCUGAGGAGAGAAGAGGUGGCCAAGGGCAAGGAUGAAUUUGCAAAUUGGGUGAGAACAUUUUUGUUAUUUGACGUCUUUAAUCGCUUUCUUAAUAAUUUAAUUAUUUGUACAAAAAAUAUUUUUCUAAAAUAUAUGCACUUCACAAAAAAAAGGAAAUGCGUACCCUAGAUGAGUGCUCUUUUGUUAGCCUAUAAAUUAUUGAACACAACUUCGUUGAAGAAAGAGAAAAGUGAGAAUGGACAUAUGUGAGACGAACCAAAUGUGUUGUAUCCUCAUCGACCCCAAAAAGUUUGCUCCGCAUCCCUCUGCGAGUCUCCUCUUUUACCACUUGGUCUAUAAUAGAGCAAGCAGAAUGAGGACUCAUAACCUGUAAUUACAAGGUACAAUCACCAGGUCAAGGAAUUAAUAUACAGUGAGAUGCUAGAAAAUGAAGUGUCUUCAAACCAUUACACACCUGACUUCUGGUAGGAUCGACGAUCUGAUAGUUUAACUUACAUCAGAACUUGAAAGGGUCGCUUUUCAUCUACAUCUUCACCUGUGGCUCUCAUGGCAGCGACACUUGUUGUCUCAACAAUUUUAGCACAUUUGCUCUUGGGGUUGCCAUGUGAUGUUAAAACUGCAAGAACAAGUCAUGUCAAGAAAUGAUCAAUUUAGAUAUCUGGGAUCAAUAAUCUUAGAGGAUCAAUUUAGAUAGCUGGGAUCAAUAAUCUUAGAGGAAAAUUUAAGACAACUAUAAGAACAACUUUGUUAUAUGAAUAACAAAUAUCACGUAAGAUAAAAUUGAAAAUGAAAUUAUUUGUAAAAAAAUUAGAGUAGCUUAUAUAAAAGAUAAAAUGAAUGAAAUAUGAUUAAGAUGACCAAGUCAUGUGAAAAGAAGACUGUCGUAGGCUCCUGCAAGGAGGAUGAAUGGAAUCAAACAUAUACUUUGUUAAAGAGAUCAGGCAUAAACCAAAAAUAUUUUUUAAAAAAUCUUAGUGAGGGAUAUCUAGAUUUUGCAUUAACGUGGCUGUUAGAAAUGUAGAAUCGCUUGUGCGGUAUGCAAAGCGAUUCUAGAGUUCCAACAUAUAAUCACUUGUUUUUUACAUAUAAACCCGCUUGUCAAAAAUGUGGCUCUUUCCUGACAUAGCAAAAGGAUAUACCCAUUUCUAACUUCUUGUUGGUCUAGAUAUACUAGAAAGUACAAUCUACUGAACGAAAAUACCAUUCCUGGUGUGAAUUGUGGACAAACCCAUAUUAGGAAGUUGAAAUAGAGACCAAAUGUAGGCACAACUGUUUAUUUCAUGCAUAAUACCAACAUAAAAUAACCACAAUGAUGGACUUACCUCAAUCAAGAUGAUUAUUUUCAAGCUGUUUGUCAAGUUCAGUAGAAUUUCUCAACUCUACCAGCACUCUUCCAUUUUCUAACUAUUUUCCAGCACUUUUUCUCACCAGUACACUUCUUCCUUGAGAGCUUUUAUCUCUAAAAUUUCUUGUGCUUUUAAAAACAAGAAGGUGAGCCCUAUUUAUAGGUCGUGGGAGCAACAGUCCAGCAGGUUCAAGAUGCUAAAGGACAACUCACCCGUCAUGCUGCUGGGUGGCAGCUUCCUUGGCUAAACAUGCCAUCUAGCUAGCCUUAGUUUCAGCUCUUAUUUGAAACCAUGCUUACAGGUAGCAGUUCCUAAAGAUUGAGCAAUGGAGAGAAAGCGAGAGGUAGAUGGGUGCAGGAGAAUUAGUUUUGAAAGCCUGAACCGGAUCUGAAAGAAAAAAUUGGAGAAAAAGAAAAUCCCCUACUGUGAAGACAUAACAAAGGUGGAAUUGGAGUCAAUUUGUCAACUUUGUUAAACAUUGUUGUGUUCUUAUUAAUAUUAAUCGAAGGCAAAGGCCUGCAAUGCGAUAUCCGUCUCGGCCAAGCUUGAACUUGACAACACUGAUUUCAUCGUUGCAAGCAUGUGCCCAGAACAAGAACCUCACCAAAGGCAAAGAAAUCCACGCCUUCAUGCUCGUCGAUGGCUUCCUUAGCUCCCCACUCUCCACAACCAGCUUAAUCAGCAUGUACUCCAAGUGUAACGCCAUUGCAGAUGCCUUAAGGGUCUUCCACACGCUCUCGGCCGAUUACCACAACGUGUUUACUUACAACGCCAUCGUAGCUGGGUUCGUCGCCAAUGAGAUGCCGAAACCCGCCAUAGAAUCUUACUGGCGUAUGCGGGUGGCCGGCAUUAUGCCGGACAGGUUUACUUUUCCAUGUGUAAUUAAGGCUUGUUCGGAUGUUAAGGGGGUAUUAGAGACCAUGAAGAUUCAUGGGUUGUUGUUUAAAUUUGGUUUGGAGUUGGAUAUAUAUGUUGGGAGCGCCUUGGUUCAUUCUUAUCUGAAAUUUGGCUUCAUGGACGGGGCCCAUCAAGUGUUUGAUGAAUUGCCUAACAGAGAUGUUGUGCUGUGGAAUGCUAUGAUUAAUGGGUUUUCACACAUUGGCCAGUUUGAUAGAGCACUGGAUGUUUAUAAGAAGAUGGGUGAACAAGGGGUUGUUCCGAGUAAAUUUACAGUAACUGGGAUCUUAUCAAUCUUUGCUAUAAUGGGGGACCUCAAUAGUGGGAGGGCAAUUCACGGGUUUGUGCUAAAAAUGGGUCAUGAUUCUGGUGUUGCGGUUUUGAAUGCGUUGAUCGAUAUGUAUGGGAAAUGCAAAUGCAUCAAGGAUUCGAUGACUAUUUUUGAGAUGAUCCCUGAGAGGGAUAUAUUUUCAUGGAACUCCAUAAUAUGUAUUCAUGAACAGUGUAGUGAUCAUGAUGGAGCUUUGAGGUUGUUUAGUAGGAUGUUGCGUGCGGGGGUUAAACCUGAUCUGGUCACAGUCACCAACGUGCUGCCCGCUUGCGCUCAUCUUGCAGCCCUGAUCCAUGGCAAGGAGAUUCAUAGUUACAUGAUCGUUAACGGACUGGAGAACGAUGAUGAUGGUGAGGAUGAACAGGAUGAUGAUAUCUAUGUUAAAAAUGCAGUUAUGGAUAUGUACGCAAAAUGUGGGCAUAUGAGAGAAGCUCGAUUAAUUUUCGAUAGGAUGAGCCAUAAAGAUGUGGCAUCGUGGAACAUCAUGAUUAAGGGCUAUGGAAUGCAUGGGUUUGGUGUCGAGGCGCUAGAUCUGUUUUCUGGCAUGCACGAUGCACAAUUGAAGCCCGAUGACGUCACCUUUGUUGGGGUUUUGUCAGCUUGUAGCCAUGCAGGUCUGUUGAGCCAAGGCAGAGAAUUUCUUGCACAAAUGCAGUCACAAUAUGGGGUGGUUCCAGCCAUUGAGCAUUACACCUGUGUGAUUGACAUGCUUGGUAGGGCAGGGCGGCUAGAAGAGGCUUACGAACUAGUGUCAGCUAUGCCAAUAGAGGCCAACCCAGUGGUGUGGAGGGCUUUCCUAGCAGCUUGUCUGCUCCACGGCGAUGCAGUUUUGGCUGAAGUUGCUGCAGAGCGCGCACUUGAACUUCAGCCAGAGCAUUGUGGAAGUUACGUAUUAAUGUCAAAUGUUUAUGGUGCAGCUGGUCGAUAUGAGGAUGUAUCAGAAGUGAGACAUGCUAUGAGGCAACAUAAUGUGAAGAAGGCGCCAGGUUGCAGUUGGAUUGAACUGGGUGAUGGUUUGCACGUAUUUGUUACCGGUGAUCGAACACAUCCUGAAGAUUACCUCAUUUAUACUAGUUUAAAUUCACUAACUGCUCGCCUCUAUGAGUAUGGAUAUAUGCCAAAUGCUUAACAGAAGGAUACAAUAUUCUUUUUACUGAUUGAUAAUAAAAGAACGGUUAUUAUCAAUGUAAAAUUAAACUACAGCCUAGAUUGUUUUUA